AUGCAGCGGUUGAGGUGGUUUUCGACAGGGGCUCAGAUGUUGGCCGCUAAACCUGCGACAAAACCAAUAAAACGGUCCGUUCCGUAUUACAUCAAGGGUUCCUGGGACUUGAGCGGCGCCACUGAGCCAGUGAAGCCAGCGGUGAAUGUUCCCAAAAACUGGCGCAAAUCGGACAUAGACAUGUGGAAAAGGCACAUGUUUGCCCUGAGAGAAAAGUUCCCAGACGGCUUCAAGCCCAUUAAACGCCUGAGCCGGGAAAAAAUCGAAGAGGUGCGGGAUCUCAAGCGGGCGUUUCCUGAACUCACCAACGACGAUUUGGGCAUGCGAUUCAAAGUAAGUCCUGAAAGCAUUCGCCAUGUUUUAAAGUCCAAGUGGAAGCCAGACGCUAAGGAGCAUAAGAAACUACAGGCUCGUUGGAAACGGCGAGGUGACCGUCUUAAAGAUGUUUGA